ACCCCGCCCCGCGUCCUUUUUAACCCGCGCGCCCCGGACCCCUGGGUUCCCUCCCGCCGGCACGGGACAGCGGGGCCAUGGCGCCGCCGGGCACUCGCCUGCUGGGGCAGGGCAUGCGCUGGCUGCGGGGCUGCCGGGCGGCAUGGGCGCGGGGCACGCACACAGCCCUGCGCGUGGUGCACGGGGACCUGGAGGCAGCGCCGGCGCGGGUGCGAGCCUUCGUGGAGCAGGGUGCCCAGCUGUGCCAACCGGCUGCCGUGCACCUGUGCGAUGGGUCGCAGGCCGAGAAUGGUGCUGUGCUGGCCCUGCUGGAGACUGAGGGUGUCCUCCAGCGCCUCGCCAAGUAUGAGAACUGCUGGCUGGCACGGACUGACCCCAAGGACGUGGCGCGGGUGGAGAGCAAGACGGUGAUUGUGACAGAGCAGCAGCGGGACACGGUGCCUAUCCCAGCUUCUGGUGCCACCGGGCAGCUCGGCAAUUGGAUGAGCCCUGCUGACUUCCAGGCUGCGGUGGACAACCGCUUCCCUGGCUGCAUGAGAGGGCGCACCAUGUAUGUGAUCCCAUACAGCAUGGGUCCGCUGGGCUCGCCGCUGGCCAAGACGGGCGUGCAGCUGACGGACUCACCCUACGUGGUGGCCAGCAUGCGCAUCAUGACCCGAAUGGGUGCCCCUGCCCUGCGCGCCCUUGGUGAUGGGGAGUUUGUGCAGUGCCUGCACUCCGUGGGACAGCCACUGCCCCUGCAAGAGGAGCUGGUGAACAACUGGCCCUGUAACCCGGCCAAGACACUGAUUGCACAUGUGCCUGACCGGCGGGAGAUCGUUUCCUUCGGCAGUGGCUACGGUGGCAACUCCCUGCUGGGCAAGAAGUGCUUUGCCCUGCGCAUCGCCUCGCGCAUUGCCCGCGAUGAGGGCUGGCUGGCUGAGCACAUGCUGAUCCUGGGCCUCACCAGCCCUGAGGGGCGGAAGAAGUACGUGGCGGCCGCAUUCCCCAGCGCCUGCGGCAAGACCAACCUGGCCAUGAUGACGCCAUCGCUGCCCGGCUGGCGCGCUGAGUGUGUGGGCGACGACAUUGCCUGGAUGAAGUUUGACAGUGAGGGACGUCUGCGGGCCAUCAAUCCUGAAAGUGGGUUCUUCGGGGUGGCGCCAGGCACAUCAAUGCGCACCAACCCCAACGCCAUGCACACAGUGCAGCGCAACACGCUCUUCACCAACGUGGGGCUCACCGGCGAGGGCGGCGUCUACUGGGAGGGCAUCGACCACCACCUGCCCCCUCGCACACCCAUCUAUGACUGGCAGGGCCGGCCCUGGAGCCCUGAUGCCAAGGAGCCAUGUGCCCACCCCAACUCGCGGUUCUGCGCCCCUGCCCGCCAGUGCCCCAUCAUGGACCCAGCUUGGGAAUCUCCUGAGGGAGUCCCCAUUGAUGCCAUCAUCUUCGGUGGCCGGAGACCCCAAGGGGUGCCGCUAGUCUAUGAGGCCUUCAACUGGCAGCAUGGUGUCUUUGUGGGCAGUGCCAUGCGUUCCGAGUCCACCGCUGCCGCCGAGCACAAAGGCAAGGUGAUCAUGCACGACCCCUUCGCCAUGCGUCCUUUCUUCGGGUACAACUUUGGGCGGUACCUGGAACACUGGCUGGCCGUGGGGGAGCGGAGCGGCGCCCGCCUGCCCAAGAUCUUCCACGUCAACUGGUUCCGCAAGGGCCCCGAUGGCAAUUUCCUGUGGCCCGGCUUCGGCGAGAACUGCCGUGUGCUGGACUGGAUCUGUCGGCGUGUGGAUGGAGAGGACAGUGCCCAGGAGACACCCAUUGGCUAUGUUCCCCGCGAGGGGGCCCUCAAUCUCCAGGGCUUGGCCAACGUGGACUACCAGGAGCUCUUCCACCUGCCCAAGGAAUUCUGGGAGCAGGAGGCGCGGGACAUACGCAAGUACCUCACGGAGCAGGUCAACGAGGACCUGCCCCGCGAGGUGAUGCAGGAGCUGGAGGGGCUGGAGAGCCGUGUGAAGAAGAUGUGAGGGGGCCAGUGGGGACUGGAGAAACGGAGACUGACUGUUUACAUGACUACUUCACCACCAUCCUCGGCUUGUUCCGGCCUGUCCACUACCUGGGGGAAGGCCAUCUUGUUCCUCUGACCAACGGUCAGCUGCCUUGUCUCUUUGGACAUGGGUCAGCCAUCAUCUUCCCUUGACCACAGUCUACUGACCUCAUUCCAUUGCCUACUGGGCAGCUAUUUUGUUCUUUAGCUUUCCCAUCAGCCAUUUUGCACCCUUGCUGCUAGUUCUGCCAUCUUGUCUCUUUGAAGUGACCAGCCAGCAUGUUUCCUUGACUAAGUGUCAGCUCUCUUGACUGCUGUCUACUGAUUAGAACUAAUCAGAACUAAUUCUGUUGCUUACAGGGUAGCCAUUUUGUUGCCCUCCCACUUGUCUGCAGGGUAGCCAUUUUGUGCCCUGGACCCAGAUCCACUACCUUGUUUCCUUGACAAGCAUUGGCCUUCUCGUCUCUUUGACAGGGGUUGGCCACCUUCUCUGACCAAGCCACUGGCCAUCUGGUUUGCUUGAUAUGAGUUGGUCUCGUUCUUUCCCGUGACCCAAAUUCAGAGACUUCAUAUUCUUCCCUGCAGGGCAGCCAAUUUGUUGCCCUCCUGCUUGCCUGUGGGUCAGCCAUUGUGUCCCCUCUCCCCUAGUUCCACCAUUUUGUCCUUUCUCCCCUAGUUCCACCAUCUUGCCUCAGACAAGUUGGCCAUCUUGCCUCCUACCUACAGGUUGGCCAUUUUCUUCCCACACUUCCUCAUCCAGGAGUCUGCUGUCUUGUCAUUUGGUGUGAGCAUGAGCCUACCCCAGCUGCUCCCUUGAUUACAAGUCAGCCAUCUUGUCUCCUUUAUCCUGGCAGAUUUGGUCUUUUUGGAGUUGGCUCUUCCUUCCAGUCAGGUUUUAAUUUUCCUCACGCAUGAGGCUGGCAGGGCUGCAGCAAGACUCGCAGCUGCCAGGUUUUCUGGGCCCUUGGCAUCUGCCUGUGGUCUAGAUGUGUCAAACCAGCUGGCCUUGGCUUUUUCUCCUAAUGCUAAUUUGUAGCUGUACUACUUGCCCACGUUCCACUGCGGAAGAAUCUUGGCCAUCUCUCUCAGCCGCAACAGCUGUUUGUAACCAUGUCUUCUUCACCAUGUCCAACGCGGCCAUGGAAGUUCCUACCUCUUCAGGCUGACCUUCCACCAUCCCCUAAUGCUGCCACCACUAAGGAUGAUGCUUCCCACCACCCAAAUCCGUCUCCCAAACAGAAACUCGGUUCAUCUCCAUGCCUAUCAGGCCAUAACUGUGACCAAACUCCCAUCCUCUGACCUCCAAGCUCUUCCUGAGGUUCAUUCCCAGUCAUGACUGACCAAAGGCCCAGUUGGGUGCUCUCCUGUCCCUCAAGACCCAUCUAUGUCCAUUCCUUCUGCCUCUCCCUCUGCCUGUUGCUAUUCUUGUAGCCACACUACUGCCUUACAACAGACAUGACCUAUAUGAGACUGAACUGCGACCCGGCAAACAAGCCUUGACCAGCUUCCAAUCUACAGCACUCAAUCCAACCACGUACCAGCUGUCUACCCCUUGACUCCUCAGCCUCUUUGCCAAGGCGGCCACAUCUCUUCAUGCAACCACAGCCUCACGACAACUUUACCCCAACCCAGCGUGAAGGACUCAGCCUUCAGUUUCUGGCAUGAGGGCGCAGCUGGAGGCCCGGCUAGUGCCCAGGGAAGGCAGGCCGGGGGCAGAGGCAGGACCAAGGGAGCUAGAGCCUGGUAGGGUGGUGCGGGGAACGUCAAUUUAGGGUUUUAUAAGGAAAUAGUAUUUUCUUAUGGGUAAGGACUAACCCACGGUGCGUGCGGGCUAGCCUGGCAAUAAAGGACUUGAAGCACA